CUCUUGCGUCACUUCCUGCAGCGCGUCCUGUGCGAGUUUGGUGUGAAGAUGGCGGCGGCGCAGCUAACGGACGAGGAGCUUUUCUCCGAGUUAAAACAGCUGGGCUUCACUCCCGGCCCGGUUACCGAGAACACGCGGCCUGUGUACUUGAAGAAGCUGAAGAAACUACGCGAGGAGCAACAGCAGCAGCGGUCUAGGGGCAGUAAGGGGCGCAGCAGUGUCGGUGGCGGCGGUAGCAGCAGCAGCUUUAGCAGCAGCAUCAACAACAGCGGCGGCGGUAACGGCCACCCAGCGGCGGGAGCUGCGGCCGUGCGCGCCAGGCCGGCUGGGGGCCGCCAGGUGCUGAAUGCGAAGCGGUCGGAGCGGCCGGGAAAGUUUGUUUUGGGCUUUAGCUCGGACGAGUCGGACGCGGAGCUUCCCCAGCACAAAGCAGGCCUGAAUCACAGCGGCUCUAGGAGAGAGCGGGGCUCCGGGCUGGGGCUGCAGCCGCUGAGGCCUCCCCAGGAAAGUGGCGCCGGAGUCGCCCACAGAAAGUCGGCUCUCGGGGUUCUGGAGGGUCGGAAAAGUAGCCUCGUGGCGGCGUCUGCGUGGUGGGCAGACCGGGGUAAGGCGAGCUUAGGGGAGUCCCGCUCUAACCUGGCGUGGGAUGAGGAUUACACCCAGCUGGGGAAGGAGAACAGCUUGGAGGAGAAGCAGAAGGAGACCGAGAGGAGCAGUCGGGCUCUGAACGGGAGCAGGACACAGCCUUACACAGCGCUCAGUGGAAGCAGCAGCAGUAAGCUGGCGGGGGAUUACUCAGACACAGACGAAGAGGAGGAAGAAGAAGAGGAGGAGGAGGAGGAGUUGGAGGACCGUGAACGCCAACGCGAACGUCGUCUGCUGCCCAGGAGAAGCGUAUCCAAAGCCUCCCCGUCUCCGGCCAAAAGAAGAGGCAGGGAGCCGGAUGAGGAAGACGACCAGGAGGAGGACGGGAGGUCCGCGGGAUCCGGGAGAUCCAACGCAAAGCGCGAUGAGUUCGAUCUGAACCGCAUUUACACGAGGCCCGCUCGCUUCAGCUCCGGCAUCAUGGGCGAGAAUGGCGGGGACAUUGACAGCAGCAGCAGCAGCCCCAGGAACCACGUCGACGGCGGGCAGGGCGCGACCACCAGCAUAGGCAGCAGCAGCUCCUCGUUUAGCCUCGGCCUCAGACCUCGAUUCUCCUCGUCGUACAACAGCCUGUCAACGACUUAUCGACCCAACCAUUCGAACCACACCGGCUCGAACCACAGCUACGGGCAGGCUUCCACCAAACGCAAGCAGCCAGCCCCCGAGGACGAGCUCCUGGAGCAGUUCCGGAGGGAGGAGGCGUCUGGCACCGGCGGCUUCAGCGCACACUACCUGUCCAUGUUCCUCCUGACCGCUGCCUGCCUCUUCUUCGUGCUGCUUGGCCUCAUGUACCUGAGAAUGAGGGGUACUGGGUCCACAGACGAGGUCGUCAUUAAGACCCACCCAUUCGGUGCAGAUUUUGACAACGCAUAUACCAACAGCGAGCGAGACCUCAUUCUCAGCCUGUUGCUUCACCUGCACAAUCAUCUGUCUGAUAUUGCAGGGGAACAUGACUGCCGAGAUCUAAACCUGCCGUUAAACAGGAGUGUCUCCAUCUCUGAGGCUGCUGAGUAUCUAAAGCUCCGAAAUAAGGACUAUGAAGAUUGGAUUCACAUUUCUCUUGAGUGGGUUAUUAAAUCUGGAGAAACUGCUGGAAUAAGGUUGAUUGCAGCUGACCCUGCGCAAGCAGUGGAGGAAGUGUCUGAUAUCUCCCGUCUGGAGUCCACCCACCCACGCUUGUCUUUUGUCUGCCGUUUCCGACGAGCCUUCUUCACAGUGAUUUACAGAGUUGUCCUCGUCCUCGCUGCCGUUGGUGGUUUUUGGGGCUUGGUGUAUUACAUGAAAUACCGCUGGAGAAGAGAGGAGGAAGAGACCAGGCAGAUGUAUGAUAUGGUGGAGAGAAUUAUAGAUGUGCUGAGGAGCCAUAAUGAAGCAUGCCAGGAGAAUAAUGACCUGCAGCCAUACCUGCCCAUCGUCCAUGUGCGGGACUCCCUUGUGCAGCCUCAGGACAGGAGGAAGAUGAAGAAAGUAUGGGACAGAUCUAUGACCUUCCUCUCUGCCAACGAGUCUCGCAUCCGGACAGAAACGCAGAGAAUUGGGGGAGCUGAUUUUCUGGUGUGGAGGUGGCUCCAGCCUUCCAUGUCCUGUGACAAGAUGGGCAGUAUACCCUCAAAAAUGUGGCAGGGCAAAGCAUUCCCUCUAGAUCGGAGGAAUUCACCACCAAACAGCUUGACGCCAUGUCUAAAGAUUCGGAACAUGUUUGACCCCGUAAUGGAAGUGGGGGAAAACUGGCAUCUUGCCAUUCAUGAAGCCAUUCUGGAGAAAUGCAGCGACAAUGAUGGAAUUGUCCAUAUUGCUGUUGACAAGAACUCAAGAGAGGGCUGUGUUUAUGUGAAGUGCCUUUCAGCAGAGCAUGCUGGGAAAGCUUUCAAAGCGCUUCAUGGCUCUUGGUUUGAUGGGAAACUUGUGACAGUAAAAUACCUGCGUCUGGACCGAUACCACCAACGUUUCCCACAGGCACUGGGUUGCAACACACCUCUAAAGGCCUCCAGCUCAAGUAUGAACACUAUGGCUCGUCUACACCAGCGCUCCAGCACAUCCAGCUCCCUGGGCUUCUCCUGAGGGCCACACAAACCCUCCCUCUAACCUCCACCACCAACUCCGUGAUACACUUUUCUUUCCUGUUUCCUCUCCUCUCUCCAGUAAGAAUCAUGCUCAAGAGGUCUCUCCUCUUUGUGGGCUGGAGGACACAGUGCUACACCCUGCUAGCAUCACUCACAGGUCGGUUUAAAAGAGUUCCUUGACUGCAUCUUUUGGCUUAUGCUGAGCAGGGGGGUGUGCUCACUGGAUCGAGACUGGUGGUGGAUAUAUGUGGAAUUAUCAGAGCUUUUCUUAGAAGAGCUGGUCGUUCAUAUCCCUUUUCCUCAACUUCAGUGCAGUGGACACUAAAUAUAUAUAAUGUUUUUUUUCCUAUGCCUGUUUUUUUGUUUUGUUUACAGACUUCAAGGAUUAAACAAGGAAAAAAACACCUUCAAAUUAAGUUCAUGGUCCAGAUUUGAGAAAGUAAAACAAUAGAGCUGGUUCUGCUCUUCUCCCUCCAGUUUUCUCCAGCUAACUCCCCUCCAUAGUUGAAAGGAGUUCUGUCAGGCUAUACGUACGUAGCUGCAUGUGCUGGUUAAAGUAUCCCUAUAUUUAAGCUUUGAAUUGUAUCAUAUAAUGGAUGUUUAUUUCCCAGAAGAUGUUUUAGCUGAUGUAUUCCUUAUUUUUCAUUUUCUUUUUUUGUAGUUUUAGUCCAGAAACAAUGGCAUGCACACACUCUGGAAGGGAUGCUGUAAAUAUUUUGUUGAAUGGUGGUGGCUGAAAUCAGCUGUAUAAAACUGCAAGUUGUCAUAAGCUCUAAUUCGUUUCUUGCCAACUACAUUGUUUCAUUUCUGAGUUCAGAGAAAGUCAGUGUUUUAUUAUUUUUUUGAAAGGUGUGUGGAGAGCUAAAAUGGUUCCCUCUCUAGUUUACUGACUACCCCAAUCUUCCCAUCUUGAUUGUAUUCCAGUAUACUCUAAUGUAUUAUUAUAAUUAUUAUAUUAUUUUGUUCAUGAUAAAAUGUGCUUUUUCAUUAUGAUUGGUGCAGUUUGGUAUUGACUUUGUUUACUCAUCCAGCAUUGUCUGCCUGCCAAAGUGAUCAGUGUAUGUCUGAAGCUAUGUCUGGUCAACAGGUGGUGCAGUUGACCUGGUUUUGUCUGUUGGCAUUCAUACCACCUCUACACUGCCCAUUUUGGUGAGAAUGGCCAUGUAUAAGAGGUUCUAUUCAGACAAUGUACUCGUACUCAUGUGCAUGGUUGCACUUGUGGCAGGUUUACUACAUCUCAUUCAUGGGUCUGAGAAGCCAUACCCAUUCUGUUCAUAUGUUACAGAGAUUCACAAGCUUGUCAUGUUAGUCAUAUCUUUUCAGAUCUACAGAAAGAUGCCAGCUGUUGUAAAAAAUUGCGGUGGGUGUUAAUUUGAGGUUAAUAAAGCGUAAUUGCAUAUUCUGAGGUGAUCUGAAUCUUUCCUAGUAAAUUUGUAUACCUUUCUAUGAAAUAGAAAUUGCUUUGUCCCCUAGUGAACAUCAAGGGCCAGAUUGACUUAAACUGCAGGAAGCCAAGUUAGUUUUAGUAAAUCUGCCCCUUUAGUCUCCAUGAUUUCUGCUCUGUGAGAGCUUUGUAUUUGUGGGAAAUGCAGUGCAGUUGGAAUAUUGCAGCGGGAUGUACAAGCGAUGCACGUGCAGUAAAAAAACAGGUGCACUCCUCUGCAGCAAAUAACCUAAUCGUGCCUUAAUUUUGUGCUGUUUUAUUGACUGGCACUGCAUUUGUUGGGAAUGUAUUCGUAUUUUUAAACGGUCCAAAACGUCUAAUUGCUUAAAGAUUUAUCCUCUAUUAAUCUCCCUUCGAUAUUUUAUGUUGUAAUGACAUGAAGUUUGAGUCCUUGUGUCUAAAAUAAUGUAUACACAUGGUUUUAGUUAAUACAAACCCUUCAUUAGUUGACCAUGCUACCACACUAGUGCCCCUACACCCUUUCUGCUUUUUAUUUUUGGGGUAAAGGGGGAUUUUUAACUUUGAACAGAGCUGGUGUUGUGUAAGAUAUAAAAACACUAAAAAUUGAAGCCAGGAGUUAUUUUUGCUGUACUUGCACACAUCGUUGUAAUCUUCCUUCAUGUCUGUAGCCUGGCAUUGCCUGUUGAACCUUUUAUUUUUUUGGUUGUUUAUUUUCCCUGCAGUUUGUAAAGAGAGUGAAUGUAAAGUUGGAUUGGUGUGGCACGUCUCCAAAGUGUCACCUGACUUGCAUCUGCAUUCUGGAUGUUUUUAUUUUCUUUUCUCUGAUGUAUCUUAUGUAAACACUGUACAUUUAUAACUGUAAAAUGUAAUAUUAUUCUACAGCAGUCUCAAUACAUUGUAUGGUUUUGACCAAUGUCCCUGUCCUGCAAGCCAGAGGGGAAGGUGUACAAUAAUCCAGGCUUUUUAAAGCUUCAGAUGUUUUAAUGUAAUUUGUCACUUGUCUUGUUAAAACUGCUCUAAUUAAAGGUUUAUUAGGGGUUUUUAA